AUGGAAACGGCCAUGAACCUCUCUGAGGCCCAGCAGGUCACGCUUGAGAAGCUCAAGGCGUUGAUCGAGCACGAACAAGUGGCUAUUAUAGUGUCGCAAGGUCUGGAAGCACUUCGUGCACGUCUCGAGGCCUUCUCGAACUUUGAUUCCACGUUGAUCGGACAGGUGCAUGACCAUGUGGCAUCUGCCAUGCCCACUCGGUAUGUCCCAACGGACACUGAGUCGAGAACUCGUCCUCUAGUCUUAAGUGUCAAGACUUUUGAGGGGAAAAGGGGGAAAAUCUUUUUUUUGUGGGUUCGGGAGAUGGAGGUUACCAUCAGCUCGGCCUUGCUGCGGUCAGAGCAGCAAAAGGUGGGCCUGGCCUUAUCGAAGUUAGGUGGGCGAUCCAGGGAGUGGGCCGUCACUUCUGGUACCUCGACAGGCGAGGCUUUUCCCAUCCGGAACAUGCUGAAACAGCAGCUAUCUUGA